AUGGACGGCCAACCCAGGAUUGCACCGCCAUCCGUCGAGCAACACCCCACUGGAUUUGGGAUCGGGACAGGAGCUCCACGACUGUCCUGGCGAUUCCUCAACACACCCGAUGACUGUCCACGAGGAUGGGAACAAACUGCAUACGAAAUUCAAAUCCUCCGUCCCGCCGAAGAGACAUACUACGUGACAAGCGAUGUAUCGGUGCUUGUGCCUUGGCCAAGCGUGCCAUUAAAGUCACGAGAAAGAGCUCAGGUUCGUGUCAGAUCCUACGGUCGCGGUAGGGGGCAGUCCGAGCCUGAACCCACGAGCUGGUCUCCUUGGAUAACGAUUGAAGCCGCAUUGCUUUCCAAGCCCGACUGGAAGUGUCUUCCGAUUGCUAGUCCUGUGAAGGAGGCGAACGACGGCCCUUUGCGCCCAGUACGGUUUCGCAAAUCGUUUACGCUCUCCAGGAACGAAGGCGUCGGAAAAGCUCGUUUGUACAUCACAAGUCUCGGGGUCUAUACAGCAUUCAUCAACGGUCAUGCAGUGGGCGAUCAAUGCCUGGCUCCCGGAUGGACAAGCUACAAUCAUCGCCUGAACUAUCAGAUAUUCGACGUUGCGCCUCUCCUCAACCCCAACGGCCAAAACACUAUUGCAGUAGAAGUCGGCGAAGGUUGGUAUGCAACCCGCCUGGGGUUCCGCAACGGGCAAAGCAAGCUCUACGGAGAUCGACUUGCCGUUCUGGCCCAACUUGAGGUUCAGUCAGAAGCAACCGAGGCGGCGUUCUCGCUAGCUACUGAUAAUACUUGGUCUUGUAGCCCGAGUGCCAUUGUUAGGAGUGAACUUUAUGACGGCGAACUGUACGAUGCCCGGGAAGAAGAUCCUCAUUGGAAAAUGAUCUCCCCCGAAAACACCAGUACAUCGUCCUGGUCUUCUGUGCAAGAGUUAGCUUUUCCUACUGCAACUCUGGUGGCACCAGACGCGCCCCCUGUUCGAGUAACGGAGACGAUCGAGGCAGUUUCCACCCACCAGAUCCCAUCGGGGAAGGUCGUCGUUGAUUUCGGUCAAAAUCUUGUUGGACGACUCCAGAUUCGAUCCUUGAGAAUACCCGAAGGGUCCAAGGUGACAUUCACGCAUGCCGAAGUACUGGAGAAUGGGGAGCCUGGGACUCGGCCUCUACGAAAUGCAAAAUGCACCGACGAGGUCAUCUCUUCUGGGGCCGAACUGACAAAUUGGACCCCACAAUAUACCUUCCAUGGGUUCCGGUAUGUCCAGGUCGAUGGAUGGCCAAAGGACCACGAAUUACUCGCCAACCUGACCGCUUUGGUAAUGCACACCGACAUGACCCGGUCCGGCUGGUUCACAUGCUCGCAUCCCAUGGUCAACCAGCUCCAUACCAAUGCAUGGUGGAGCAUGCGCGGCAAUUUUCUGUCCAUCCCUACCGAUUGCCCUCAGCGUGACGAGCGUCUCGGGUGGACGGGCGAUAUCCAGAUCUUUGGCCCCUCCGCCAACUUCCUCUACAACACCGCCGGCAUGCUGGGGGGCUGGCUGGAGGAUGUGGCGGCGGAGCAGCUGAAAGAACGGGGCGGUUGCGUUCCCCCAUUCGUGGUCCCGAACAUUAUCCCCGAGAGACUAUGGCCACAUCUCCCUCAAGCCAUCUGGGACGACGUGGUUGUUUUGUCUCCGUGGGAUCUCUAUCGCUCGUACGGGGACAUUGACAUCCUCCGCCGGCAAUACGCUAGCAUGCUGGCCUGGGUCGACCGGGGUAUUCGACGGGGGCCCGAUGGACUUUGGGACCCUGAACUUUGGCAGUUGGGAGACUGGCUGGACCCGACCGCACCGCCGGUGGAGCCAGGCGAUGCUCGUACCAAUGGGACAUUGGUCGCCGAUGCCUAUCUGGUACAUGUCACUAACAUAAUCUCCAAGAUCAGUGAGAUCCUCGGUGAAACAGCAGACAGCGCCCGGUUCAAGGCGGACUACCAGCAGCUGAAAGCCAAAUUCCAAGCGAAAUACAUUGCAUCCUCUGGUCUUCUGGUGGGAGACACACAAACGGCGCUGAGCCUGGCGAUUAUGUUCGAUCUUCACCCCACCGCUGAACAAACUGCGGCUGCUGCAUCUCGCCUGGUGAGCCUGGUCCGGCUGGCGAAGUUCAGAGUGGCGACCGGGUUUGCAGGAACCCCAAUUAUCGCGCACGCCCUGACGAAAACUGGCCACCACCAGAUUGCGUAUCGCAUGUUGCAGGAGAAAAACCGCCCCUCGUGGAUGUACCCUAUCACCAUGGGUGCGACGACUGUAUGGGAACGAUGGGACAGUAUGCUCCCAGACGGGUCUAUCAACCCUGGAGAAAUGACGAGUUUCAACCACUAUGCCCUGGGAUCUAUUAUCAACUGGCUUCAUUCCAGCGUGGCAGGCGUGAGCCCCAUGUCCCCUGGAUGGAAAACAGUCAAAGUCAACCCGAUUCCCGGCGGAACUAUCGAAUCCGCCGAAGCCAAGUACGAUACCCCUUAUGGGCGAUUAGAGUGUCGGUGGAUCGUUCAAUCCGCCGAGGAUCGGUUCGAGCUAGAACUGCUGGUGCCUCCCAAUUCCCGCGCCUUGGUCAUCUUGCCGAGCGAGGAGACUUUGAAAAAGGGAACGAAACAGCUUGACGACAAUGAUGGCACUUGGGUUGGCUCUGGGCAUCACAAAUUUUCGCAUCCAUGGAAAUGGAGUAGCUAUCGCAGUAGUUGGCCCCCAAAACCGAUUAUUCCGAUCAUGCGAAAGCCGGAGCCAGAGAGCAUUGUUUGA